GCCGGUCAUGGUCCUGAUCCUGAUUAACGACGAUACCAUCAUGAUUCAUGACCCUGUCUGUCGACCAUGUCCUGCCUUCGAACAGCUCGGAUAGCUGGGACUUGGCCGAAAUCUUCUCGUACGCCGUCGCUUGCGGUAUCUAUCUCACUGCAUCCACGAUUGCGCUCGUCGCAUUGCCAUCAUCUCGCAGGCCCUCAUCUUCGCCACACAUGCAUGGGUUCUUCAAGGAGAGGCCGUCUGUUGCGCUGUUUGCGGCGUUCUGCGCUGCGCAGCUCGUGACGACGAUCAUCACUGCGUACGUCGACUGGGGCUUCACGCACCCACGGAAUCUCUAGUAGUUGGGUCAACAUCGCUUAUGUCAGGGACAAUGUCUGGUUCAUCUCUGACGACUGGAUCAAGUUCGCGAUGAAGGCUACCAUUAUUCCAUGAUCGAGAGUCUUCGCAACCGCAGCGCCGCAAUGCGUAGGCUGCCAUC